GGAAGUGAAAAUAUAGGCUAGCCAGGUGAACGGCGCGCGCUAAGGCGCCACGGGACGGCCGCUCGCCACUCAGUCGUCGGCGGCAGCGCGCACCGAACGGACCCGCACCGCUCCCGCACUCCUCCUCCACCCCAGCGCCAUGGACUGGACCACGCCGAGGCUCGCGCCGCUGCUGCUGCUGGCGCUGCUGCUGCUGCUGGCCGCCUCUGCGGCCGAUGCCGCCGGCCGCGAGGGCCGAGCGGCGCGCAGGCGCUCCAAGAAGGAACCCCGCGCGGCGGUCGUGGUGGACCAGACGGCGGAGCCCUCCUGGCGGCUGCCCGACACCGUCUUCGAGACGGCGGGCACCAACUACUUCACGGCCAGCCACGGCCUGGUGCAGACGCACCCGGCGCGCGGGCCCGGGGCCGCCGCCGGCCUGCGCACCAUCGACUUCGGCAGCCGCGCGCUCAGCGAGCUGCGGCGCAACCCGUCGCUGUCGGCCCCCGACGAGUGCGCGCGCGCCUGCCGCGAGGACGAGCCGCCGCGCAUCUGCUACUACCACUUCACGCUGGAGCUCUACAACGUGCUGGGCGCCGCCUGCCAGGUGUGCACGCCCAACGCGACCAACACGGUGUGGUCGCACUGCCAGUGCGUGCUGGCCGACGGCGUCGAGCGCGGCAUCCUCACAGUCAACAGGAUGCUGCCGGGACCCAGCAUACAGGUGUGCGAGAACGACAAGGUGGUGAUCGACGUGGAGAACGCGAUGGACGGCCAGGAGGUGACGAUCCACUGGCACGGCGUGUGGCAGCGCGGCUCGCAGUACUCGGACGGCGUGCCCUUCGUCACGCAGUGCCCCAUCCAGCAGGGCAACACCUUCCGCUACCAGUUCACCGCCAGCAACGCGGGCACGCACUUCUGGCACGCCCACACAGGGCUGCAGAAGCUGGACGGCCUGUACGGCAGCAUCGUGGUGAGGCAGCCGCCGUCGCAGGACCCCAACAGCCACCUGUACGACUACGACCUGACCACGCACGUGGUGCUCAUCAGCGACUGGAUGCACGAGUCCGCCAACGAGCGCUUCCCCGGCCGGCUGGCUGUCAACCCCGGCCAGGAGCCGGACAACGUGCUCAUCAACGGCAGGGGGCAGUUCCAGGACCCCAACACGGGCUUCGUGACGAACACGCCGCUGGAGAUCUUCACGAUGACGCCGGGCCGGCGCUACCGCUUCCGCCUCAUCAACUCGUUCGCCACUGUCUGCCCGGCGCAGUUCACCAUCGAGGGCCACCCGCUCGUCAUCAUCGCCACCGACGGAGAACCUGUGCAGCCCGUGGCUGUCAACACCAUCAUAUCCUUCUCAGGUGAGCGGUACGACUUCGUGAUCACGGCGGACCAGCCGGUGGGCGCGUACUGGAUCCAGGUGCGCGGUCUGGGAGAGUGCGGCAACCGGCGCGUGCAGCAGCUGGGAGUCCUGCGGUACGCGCGAGGGCCCUACGAGCCGCUCACCCAGAGGCCCACCUACGACGUGGGGCUGCCGCAGGGCGUGGUGCUGAACCCGCUGGACGCGAUCUGCAACACGGACCGCCAGGACGCGGUGUGCAUCAACCAGCUGCGCAACGCGCGCCACGUGGACCGCGGCAUCCUGCAGGAGCGGCCCGACGUCAAGAUCUUCCUGCCCUUCCGCUUCCUCUUCUACAGGCCCGAGGAGCUCUUCGUGCCGCACGUCUACAACAGGUACCUCGUGGCACCCAACGGCGACCACGUGAUCAGCCUGGUGGACGAGAUCUCGUUCCAGUUCCCGCCGUCGCCGCCGCUGUCGCAGAUCGACGACAUCCCGCCCGAGCAGUUCUGCAACGGCGACAACAGGCCGGCUGACUGCGGCGCCAACUGCAUGUGCACGCACAAGGUGGACGUCCCGCUCAACGCCAUCGUCGAGGUGGUGCUCGUCGACGAAGUCCAGCAGCCCAACCUGAGCCACCCGUUCCACCUGCACGGGUACGCCUUCAACGUGAUCGGUAUGGGCCGCUCGCCGGACCGCAACGUCAAGAAGAUCAACCUGAAGCACGCGCUAGACUUGGACAGGCGCGGUCUGCUGCACCGUCAGUUCAACCACCCACCCGCUAAGGACACCAUCGCCGUGCCCAACAACGGAUACGUCGUCUUCAGGUUCCGCGCCGACAACCCCGGCUACUGGCUGUUCCACUGCCACUUCCUGUUCCACAUCGUCAUCGGCAUGAACCUGAUCGUGCACGUGGGCACGCACGCCGACCUGCCGCCGGUGCCCGCCGGGUUCCCGCGCUGCGGCGACUUCCUGCCGCCCAUCGAGCUGCACUGAGCAGCCCACGCCU